AUGUCAUUUCUUCGUAGUUCAUUUUCCAUUCGAAAAACAAAACCGCGAAAAGCUGUUUCGCGUUCACCACUGAAACUACCUUCGGAAGAACUUGCACGUGAAUUCGGACCGCAAUAUCAAACAAUCGACGCACGUAUUGGCGAUCAAAAAGUGACUUUUGACACAGCGCAAGGCGAUUGGAUUGCCGAUGGAACAGUCGGUCCAACAGUCAGUGCUCGUGAAAUAGCUAAAUUAGACAAGAAAAGGCGUGAAUUGGAAGAAGACAACAAUCUUCUUCGAACGAAACUGGAUAUUCUACUUGAAAUGCUUGCUGAAGUGACAGCCGAACAAGAACUUCGGCGUAUGCGUUGA